UUUUUAUAUCCUAAUCGGUAAAAAUGGACUCCAUUAUCACGUAUCCAAUAAAGAAAACCCUACAACUGAUGUCCGAGUCAGUGUUUAUGGGACUGUGUGAUAAACUUGGGACUUCGACAUUGGUGGCCAUGAGGAGAGAUGUAAUGGACAUCAGGGAUAUGGUGGUAAAUCAAGCGACAACAAUUGAUGAGGGCAAUGUGAUGUGGAGCGGAAGUCAAAGAGAAGGACUCAGACUAGACGGAUCAGAUUUAGACAUUAUGUACUGGCCAAAUGAUCACCGUGUGAUCUGGGAAUUAUCUCAGUCUCAGUUUUACAACACACACAGACAAACUCUGAUCCUCUGUGACUGUUCUGAUAGUCCACCAGGAUUUACUUUGUUAUAUUUACUGUUACCAAGCAGCGAUCAAAAUAUCCAAACAGCUUGUAUUAGAGUGAAUAACAGGUAUUAUAUCUCCAGUUCAGAAUACAGAAAGAAGACGUGGUGUCAUGCAGUUUCAGCUUUACCUGACUCCUUUCCACAUGGACCAUGUGUAAGCGGAUUUAAGAGAUCACUUGAAUAUGAUUUAGCAAAAUGCUUCGCUUCUGACUUUUGGCCUCCAUGUGCCUCCUCAUGGUUAGACAGAUGUCACUCAUGGCCUAAGCCGCAUAUUAUUGAUGAGAUAGUAAAGAAUGGAUGUCACUUUGUAGCAAUAGGAAAUACACUAGGACAUCAUGUGCACAAUGAAUGGAGAAUUUCUUUCUCUUUUGCUGAACAUAAACUUGUCAGUGCUAUGAAUCACUGUCAAUUCUUAACUUAUGGCUUGCUUAAAUUAUUCUUAACAGAAAUAGUUAACAAUGGACUAAAUGAUGAUGAUAAAUUACUGUGUUCCUAUCAUAUAAAGACAGCCGUUUUCUGGGUGAUUCAACAAAAUACAUUACAACAUUGGUGUCCUCAUAUUCUACUGGAGUGUUUCUGGAUCUGUUUCAAACUAGUCCUUAAAUGGGUGUAUGAGGGAGUCUGUCCUCACUUUUUCAUUCCUCAAAACAACAUGUUUCUGAGUAAAGUCCAUGGUGAAGCACAACAUCAGCUAUUUGUAAGACUGUAUGAGUUGUAUGAAAAGGGUAUAGUAUUCCUGCUACACAGUCCUUCCAUUAGGUCUUGUAUUAUCAAUGUCCUUCACAACUCCCGCCUCUCCAUCUGUACAGAUGAGCAUUUUCUGAUUUCUGAGGCUGAGUUUGAUAAAAAGCUUUUGAUGGAGAUAUACACCAAUGACAUACUUGACACACCAAAUCUAGAAACCUGUAUGAGAUAUAUACAUACAAUAGAACAGAUGGUACACUCUCCCCUCCUGACACAGUAUCAAGUCGUGAUGCUAAAGAAACUUGCAACUGCUGUCCUUCAGAAAACAGCUUUUAUAAUGCACAUGGAAAGCUACACACACAAAAACAAACUGAGGUAUAGAGCUGACAAAUACUCCAGUCACAUGCUGAAAUUAGCAGCCAAGUUUGGUUUUAUUACUGACAUGAUGUAUAUAGCCAUUUAUUAUUCCAAGACACAUAGAUACAUGGAAGCUUUAUCUAUUAUAGAGACUAUCAAAGUCAAGUUAGCACAGCCUUAUGUGAUGUAUGGAUUAAAAGUAGAUGCAGAGAUGUAUACUGAGGCUGUAGGGGGACUGUCCUGGUUUAUAAAGAUGAGACAGGCUGUAGCAUUGGAUAUUAUAUUUGACAAUGACAUCCAUUACAUCAGUGAACUGAUACCGUAACAACUGUCUGCUAUACAGAACAAGCAUUUCGCUUUACUUAUCCCACCAUUUGUACUGUUAUACAUGCUAGAGAUCUUGUGCUACAGACAUGUAGACACAAUGAGAGUACAUACAGCUCUAGAUGAUCUACAGACCCUAGUUUACUAUGAUCAGGGACAAUAUAUAAAUAUAGAUUGCAGAGACAUAUCGUGGCAGAUUCUGGGGAUCUGUCACAGGUGACAGGGAAGCUCCAGGCUGCUCUAUACUCAUACCAACAAUCUCUCAUACAAACACCAUUCAACAAAAUACAGACAGCUACAGAAAUAAGAAUGCAGGGAUUUUGUCACUAAGAUAGUAAAGUUAGUAAAAUAAAUGCUUAACAUUUGUGGAAGUCAAUCGGAUAAAAUUUAUAGUAAAUAUAUAUUUCUUAUUCUACCAUUUUUUCAGAAUAACCAUUUUACUGAUUUGAAAACAUUAUUUCAUAUAGAAGUAGAGAAGUUUAGUAAUCCAAUUUUUACAUAAUGUUACAGAUUAUUUUCUAAAAAUGAGAGGGUUGUCUCA